AUGUGGUAUUUGUGCGUUUUCUACCAUAGGUUGUUGGAUUACAGAAAACCCGAAGUGGAAUCUCUUGCACAACUCUUUGGAGGCAUUGAGGACCCCCAAAACGGCGAAGUUCCCUUCCAAUUGCAAUGGAAGCUCCCUCUUCACUACCACACCGAUUCCCCUUUCCAUUUCGUCAAUCUCCCCUCCGAACAACUUGCUCUUAACAUUGCCACCCGAAGCAUACUUGUGAAGGGAAUGUAUGAGCUGUGGGGGGAAGGGAGUAGCUACGAGGAGUUGAAAGAGUCUGUCUUGAGUUACCCUGAUGAGAGGAAAUUGCCAUACUUGAAUUCUGACAGCACUUUCAAAAUUACUGUUGAUAGCUUCGGGAAGGUCAUUAGCCUGGAGGAGCAGAAGGAACUCAUUCAAGGGCUCUCCUACAUCCCUUUCAAGGGGCGUGUAAAGUUGAGAAACCCGGAUCACAACUUCUGGCUUAUAGAAGUAGAUAAUUAUGGAGGUAAUAAUGGUCUUCCUCCAAUUGUACAAAAGAGAAUCUUCUUUGGUCGCGAAGUGGGUGGGGCUGAUAGGAAGCUUAUACCCACCUAUCAGUUGAAAAGCCGAAAUUAUCUUGGGCCAACAGCCAUGGACGCGGAAAUGGCUUUUCUUAUGGCCAAUCAAGCACUAGCUACUUCUGGGAAGCUUGUUUAUGACCCUUUUGUUGGAACUGGAAGUAUUCUUGUCGCAGCAGCUCAUUUUGGGGCUAUGACCAUGGGUGCUGACAUUGACAUUAGGGUAGUCCGGGAUGGACGUGGUCCUGACUGUAAUGUUUGGAGCAACUUUAAGCAGUAUGGAUUGCCUAUGCCUGUUGGUCUUCUAAGGGCAGAUAACAACCUUCCUCCUUGGCGUCCUACGUUGAAAGAGGUAUUUGAUGCCAUAAUUUGUGAUCCUCCUUAUGGAGUGCGAGCUGGGGGACGCAAAUCCGGUGGUCGGAAGCUGCUGAAGGGGGCUGUGGAACCUUACACCGUUCCUGAUGACAAAAGAACAGAUCACAUACCAUCAACUGCACCUUACAGUUUAGUUGAGUGUGUGCAUGAUUUACUUGAUCUGGCAGCCAAGAUGCUUGUAAUGGGGGGAAGGCUUGUUUUUUUCUAUCCUGUGUUGAGAGAAGAUGAUUUUGCUGAAACCCAUUUCCCAGAACAUCCAUGUUUUAAACUGAUAUCUUCGGCAGAGCAGAUCCUCAGUUCACGUUAUAGUAGGGUAUUACUGACAAUGGUGAAGAUGGGUCCUUACACAGAGGAAAUAGCUGAGGUGGCUAGGAUAAAGCACAUUGAAUUUAAGGAGAACCAUGCAAAGUGGUUAGAAGAUGGUAAUCUUCAUUCUGCAGUUUUCAGUCCAGCUGAUGCGCAGUUAACGGAGGCUGGAGAUCUCAAGCUUAUUAAGGAUCCAAAGCCUAAAUACAGAGGGAAGUAUGUUUAG